AUGCUUCUGCCAAGUGUGAACGUCACUCUGAUUCUUACCAGUUAUGGACCUCCUGGUGCGCUUAUUUAUGGAGUUUUCAUAAUCUCUCUUGUAGUCUAUCUCACAACAGUUUUUGCAAACAUAACAUUGAUGCUGGUGAUCUACUUGGACACAACUCUCCAUAAGCCUGUGUAUAUAUUUUUAUUCAACCUGGCUAUCAAUGGAUUAAUCGGAUCCUCUGCUGUACUUCCCAAAAUAAUGUCAAAUCUGUUUGCUGAUGUGAAAGUUUUGGAGUAUGUGGAGUGUAUUCUGCAAGUGUUUUUUGUUAAUGUUUAUGGGACCUGUGCUUAUGCAAUAUUAACAGUUAUGGCAUAUGAUAGAUAUGUUGCAAUUUGCAGUCCUUUACAGUAUCAUAAUAUUAUGACAACGGCUAAAGUUAAACUUUUGCUUUUAAUUGUGUAUUGUGUUCCCAUCUGCUCUCUAGCUGUACAGACGUACCUUACAUCAAGACUGCCUUUGUGCAGGCAUAUAAUUAACAAAUUGUUUUGUGACAACUUGGCAGUAGUUAAUCUUUCAUGUGUUAAAAAUACCGUAGGGGACAUAUAUGGCAUAUGUCUGGUGUUUGUUUUUGUAGUUUUACCUCUAAUCUUUGUCAUCUUAUCAUAUGUCAAAAUAAUGUGUGUCUCUUUGAAAGCCUCAGAAAGUACGCAGAAGAAAGCUUUAAAAACUUGCACCCCUCACUUAAUAACUUUUAUAAAUUUUUCAUCAGCCACUCUCUUUUCUGUUAUAUACAAUCGGUUAAAUUUCUAUCUUUCAAAAGAAGUUAAUGUUUUUAUUUCAGUUCAUUUUAUCCUUAUCCCUCCACUUCUUCAUCCACUUAUUUAUGGGAUCAGAACAAAAGAGAUCAGCAAUAGUCUCACAAAAUUUUUAAGAAGAAAAAUAUUUGCUAUUGAUUUCAACCCAUGGACUGAACAUAAGAACUGUUGUAAUGACUCAGGGUUUAUUUGUAGUAAAAAGGGGUUGGUAUGA